UUACCUCUGUCAGUUUGCAGCUGCGAUCCCGGUGCCUAAGUGCCGGUACGCGCCGCCAGCGCUCGGUCAGUGCCGGAUCUCUCCAUGACGUGUGUGACGGGCUGUAGGGACCAUGUCCAGCGACGGAGGUGACACAGAAGUGACAGAUACUUUGCUGUUGGAGACUAAUCAGCAGAUUGCAGUGUCCAGCAUUCUGGGUCCUAAACCAGUGUCAGCCAUCAGCUCUGGGCCCCUAACCUCUCAAGUGGUGGAAUUUACAAGGAAACAUAAAUAUGACUCCGAUGUGCAGUCUAACGAUGGAUCAGAUAUUAAUGAUCUGCAGGGCAGAGAGGGCCACAGACAGACAGAGAAACGCAGGCGCGACAAGAUGAAUACCUUGAUUGAAGAGCUGUCCGCCUUGAUUCCUCAGGGUGACCCAUUGCCUCGUAAACUAGAUAAGCUUACAGUGCUACGGAUGGCGGUGCAGGCACUUAAAUCUAUCAAAGGUUCCAGCAGGUCUUUUGCAGAAGAGAGUUAUAAGCCAUCAUUUUUACAGCACGACGAGCUCCGACACUUAAUUCUCAGGGCUGCAGAUGGUUUCCUGUUUGUAGUUAGGUGCGAUCGAGGGAAAAUCCUGUUUGUUUCCGAAUCUGUCUCAAAGACGCUGAAAUAUAACCAGAAUGAUUUGUUUGGACAAAGUUUAUUUGACUAUUUGCACCCCAAAGAUGUUGCCAAAGUAAAGGAGCAGCUUUCAUCCUCAGAUAUAACUCCAAGGGAGAAACUCAUAGAUGCCAAAACUGGUCUACAAGUCCAUACGCACUUUCAGGCCGGAUCAGGUCGUCUCCAUUGGGGUUCCAGGAGGUCCUUCUUCUGCCGUAUGAAGACCGCUCGAGUCUCUCACAAGGAGGAAAAUGAUUUUCUACAUAAUGCUAAGAAAAAAGAACACAGUAGGUAUUGUACGAUUCACUGCACGGGGUAUUUGAGAAGCUGGCUUCCAAGUGAGGUGGGUUUAAACGAAGACUGUGACAACGAAAAAGAGACCAUGAGCUUCAGCUGCCUUGUGGCCAUCGGAAGGCUACACCCAUUAAUUGCACCACAAAGCAGCGCAGACAUUAGAGUGAAACCCACUGAGUUUGUAACACGCUACACCAUGGACGGUAAAUUUGUUUAUGUAGAUCAGCGGGCCACAGCUGUUCUAGGGUACCUUCCGCAGGAACUCCUUGGCACCUCCUGUUAUGAGUACUUCCACCAGGAUGACCACAGCCACUUAGCGGAGCAGCAUAAAACUGUUCUGCAGAGCAACGAGAAAGUGCGGACAAAUUCCUACAAGUUUAAGGCAAAGGAUGGAUCCUUCAUCACGUUGAAAAGUCAGUGGUUUAGUUUCAUUAAUCCAUGGACCAAAGAGCUGGAGUACAUUGUAUCAAUCAAUACCGUCGUCUCAGGGCAUUGCUAUGCAUCGCUGGAGACUGUAUCUCUCCUGGGUAGUUCACAUUCUUCAGAAGAUACUUCCAAACACACGUUUCUGAAUGUGCCGGGGAUCUGCAGCGGAACUGUUCUUGGUGCAGGAAGAGUAGGGACAGAAAUAGCAAAUGAGAUUUUAGAUCUGCAGAGGUUACACUCUCCCCCAUUUAAUGGUAAUAUAAGUCCCAGAGAGCUUCGCAGUAAAUCUCCGACUGUGGCCAUCUCAUCCAGUGAAGUGGAGAAUAAAGAGCUAAUUCAGUUUUCACAGUCAGAAAUACACAAAUUAGACUCUUCACAAAAUGAUGACAUCAGAUCGUUCCCCAUUCCGGAGCCUCUACUGCGUGAGGGUUCCACUCUGGAUUUUGAAAGUAAUGCAACAACUUUGGCUGCUCUUGUGAACUAUUUGGAAGCUGAUGGCGGUUUAGAAGAGAGUGAAGACUUGUCCGCUAUACACCACUGGACUCUUUAGCAGCACGAACGCCUUCUUGCGCACAAUCGAUUGUACUGUUUUUUGUAACGCUCAAUAUCAUUUGUAUAUUUUUGUAUCUUUUUGUUACCUCGUGACUGCAGUUUACAGAAGUGUAAGGAUUUUGCUUCCAGCUGGUUUCUCUGGCUGCAAAACACUAUAAUAGUGUCUGAAUAUAUGUCACUUAGACCGGCCAUUGCUAUUCAAUAAAUCAUUCUUUGUAUAAAA